AUGAUUCAGUUCGAGCAUCGAAAUGAUGUGUUUCGAGAGAAGAAGAAAGGUAUAUCAACACCACAUACUGAGACACAUUGGCAAAACCAUUCACAAGAAUACUCACAGUCCAAUGCAACUAUGAAUUACUCGAAAAUAAAUAAUUGGAAUAGAAUUAAUAAUGUAAACAAUAUUUAUAAUACAGGUAAAUCACAUUAUAAUCGUACACUCAGUCAUACAUCUUCUUCUAAUCAUAUACCGACUAAUUAUUCAGGUAAUCAUACAACUAACCAUACAACUGACCAUGCAACUAACCAUACAACUAACCAUACAACUAAUAAUGCAAAUAAUAAUACAAAUAAUAAUACAAAUAAUUAUAUGCAAAAUAAUCAUACACUUAAUAAUCGUUCCUUUAAUACAUUCAAACACGGAUAUAAUAGAACAUAUGACCACAUCAAUCUAGAUAGUGUUAGCUGUUACAAUUACAAAUACAAAUCAAAUAAUAGCAUUCCAUCUCAAACUUCCCCUUCAAGAACUUAUCAUAAUCCCACUGAACAAAUAUCUUCUUACAAUAAGACAUUUACUAGAUUGCAUAAUUUAGGACAAAAUAAUACAACACAGCAUUUACAGGAAACAAAGCAUAAUGACUCGAGAAUUUCCUCAUAUAACGAUACUAGUAUCACUUCGAUCAAUAAUUUAUACAACACUAAUCAUAAUAAUAUUCAUUCAAACGGUUACAAAAGGAAUAACCCUGCUAAUGAUAAAUUAGUAUCUAUUGAAAAUUUUUAUAGCAAACAAAGUAUUAAUAAACUGAAUUCUGAUAGACCACUCCCGCGGAAACGUUCAAUUUCUCCAAAGAAAUAUAAGUUUAAUUUUGAAAUGGAAGAUGAGAAUGAAAAUGUUACCACUGCCACCAAACAUGAUGAUAAUGAUGAUCAAAAUAUGGUACCUGCACAAGGAGAUGAUAUGUCCAGUUUUUAUAACUUAUAUGAAGAUAGUGACGAAACAGAAGAUGCUCAAUUAAAUCUUAAUACUACUCAUACAAAUCAUACUACUCAUACAAAUCAUACUACUCAUACAAAUCACACAAAUCAUACAAAUCAUACACAUCAUACAAAUCAUACAAAUCAUACGAGUCAUACAAUACGUACAAGGAAUUCAAGACAUUCAAUCCCACAAAGUAUUCAUGUUGCCAUAGCAGAUUCAAAUACAAGUGCAGAAAUGUUUGAUAGAUAUGGGUUUAAGAAGCAAAUAAACUCAAACAUCAUUUCCAUAGAAACUUAUGAUAAAUGGUUUGCAAAUUAUGAUAAGUAUCUUGUGAAACAGAAACGUCAAUGGAUUCAAUUCUUAACAAACUCAAAUAAUAAUAUUCAAAUUAUAAAUGAUUUCCCAACUAGACUACCUGAAAGAUCAGAUCAGCUGAAAAUAUUGAUUAGAAAUGGUAUACCUCCAGAUUGGAGAGGUAUGGUAUGGUGGCAUUAUUCAGGUGGUCAAAAUUUGUUACAGAAAAAUGUCGGUUUAUACGAUUCAUUAAUCAAAAUAGUGACUCGUUAUGAAAGACACGGCUUAUUAUAUAAAAAAGUUCCAGAUUUCGAUAAUAUUGAAAGAGAUUUGAACAGAACUUUCCCAGAAAAUAUUCAUUUCCAAAAAGAACCUUUCCAAUUGAAUGAACCUUUGAUGAUUAUUAGAUUAAAAAAGUUUUUAAUGGCUUUUUCCAUCUAUAAACCAAAUAUUGGAUAUUGUCAAUCAAUGAAUUUUCUUGCUGGACUUUUACUUUUAUUUUUAGAUGAAGAAAAGACUUUUUGGAUGUUAAUAAUCAUUACUACACAAUUAUUACCGGGAGUUUAUGACACUAAUUUGGAAGGAGUUAAUAUUGACCAAGGAACUCUAUUACUUUGCUUGAAUAAAUAUCUACCAGAUGUUUGGGAUUGGUUACGACUACAUUCAAUAAAUAAUAGUUUAUUACCUCACUCCAAUAAUAAUAAUUCCUCGAUGACAACUUCUGCGGCAGAUUUAAAUCAUUCCAUAGUUCAUUUACCUCCAGUAACCUUAUGUACUGCUAGUUGGUUUAUGAGUUGUUUUAUUGACACGGUACCAAUUGAGACAACUUUACGGAUUUGGGAUUGUUUAUUUUACGAAGGCUCCAAUAUUUUAUUUAGGGUUUCUAUUGGUUUAUUAGAAAUGAUAAAAAAUUCAGCAAAUAAUUUACCAAAUAAUAGAAUAAAUGAUGAAUAUUUGAUGUAUUCAAUUCGUCAAUUCCCAAGUAAAGUAAUAGAUGUAAACGAAUUUUUCAAUAAAAUAAUUUUCCGUAAACGUUGUGUAUUUGACGGUCUAAAUCAAAAUGAUAUUGAACGAUAUAGAAAAUAUGUUAGAUAUCAAAAAAAUUCUUCUCAAAAUAAUUAUAAAGCACCUCGUAUUAUUAACCCCACUAAGCAUGUUCAUUCAAAUAGUAUUCUUCAUCAUAAUAAGGACCAUUCAAAUUAUCUAAAUUCCAAAGAUGCUUUAGAAUUUAAAGAAAUCUUGGAAGAAAUUGAAGGUAAAAAAGUUACACCUCAACCUCCUAGCAAUAAAUUUAGUUUUGGAUUUAGAAAUGGAAUGCAUCAAAUGAAACAAAAAUUCUCAGUUGAUAAAGAAAGAGGUAUUGUAUAG